AUGGAGAGCGAGAUAUUAUGCAAGUUCUGUAGUAAAAUUAAUUUCGAAGCAUUAAGAAAUCCCUUGAUUUCAGACUUGCCUGCUCUUCAAAAAGGUCGAGCAGAUACUACCCGACAUCCUUUCAAAGAUAAACGGGACGAUGCUCACAAGCCUACCUCACUCGGCACAUUUGGUGACAUUCUCCAGAGGAGGAAGAUAUGUCGGUUGUGUCAAGUUAUUGGAGAUGCUCUAAGCCGACACACUCCAGGUCAGCUACUUGAAACAGACGUCUGUGAUGCGGAAACAUCUUUCUUCGGUGUGUACCGCGACCCACAAGGGAAGCACUAUUGGAUCCGUCGGCUGUCCAUCUUGGUCGAGAUUGGAACUGAUGCAUACAAUAUCGGUGGCCCGAAGAAAAGCCUAUUUUUUGCUUUCCAGGCAUACAACAUCGGUGCAGCGACUCUCCAAGUUGACGGAAAUUUCUUAGACACUCAGCCUAGUACUAAUAUGAUGAUAUUCGGAGGCCGUCGGCGCCCGCUUCAGCUCGAUCUCCAGUGGGUACGCCGAUGGAUUAACAUCUGUGGCACGGAUCACGGCGACUCUUGCAAGCGAGCUGAUGUAGGCUUAGGAAGCACGCUCGAAAUAAUCCGCCUUAUCAAUGUAAACAACAGAUGCAUCGUCACCUUGACAGGCGUUCAGCUUUCAGCCUAUCAAUAUAUAGCUCUUAGCUAUGUAUGGGGAGGGCCACAGAAACUGAGCCUUACCAGGUCUAAUAAGGAUAAGAUGGCACAACCGGGAUUUUGGACAAAAACCUACCACAAACAAUAG